AGAAGCUCCAAAGAAAGUCCAACUUCCACCCCUCACCUCCCGCAACACCAAAACCCUGUGCACUCAGAUCACCCCUCCCUCUCCCGCUGCCACGCGUCAGCAGUCCCUUAGAGUAAUCUUAAAGUCGUGUUCUUGCUGCUUAAACCGCUAACAUGAGAAACAGCGAUUUUGGGUCGGAGAGGAGGAUGCAGGGAGUUACCGUACACCCUCCGACCAAUUUCGUGUCACACGUGCCAGCAUCCAUUUUAACGCCGGAAAUCCCUCCUCUUUACACUCCUUUCUUUUAGUCUCGCGCACACACAUAUACAGACAGCUUUCCCUGUAUCUAUAGGUUUAUGUUUUUCUACGAUCAGCAGUAACUGAACCCAGAUUCUUUAGAUACGGUUUUGAUAAUCUAUCCGUUUCUGACGCAAAAAAAUCUAAUCUUCCAAGUACGUAACAGUAGAUAUUAUAAAUAGAAUUGAGGGAGGGAGGUUUCGUUUGAUUUGAAUUGGUAUCUGUAUUUGGGUUUUUAGUAUUUAUUGGCGUGAGAUGGGGGCGGUAACGUCGUCGAUGGCGGCGAAGUUUGCGUUUUUUCCCCCGAAUCCGCCGUCGUAUGGAGUGACGGUGGACGGAGCGACGGGCAAGCUGAGGAUGACUGAAGUGGCGGAGAAGGAAAACGUCGACGUUUUGAAAGUGAAGACGAAGAGAGGGACGGAGAUCGUGGCAGUGUAUGUGAAGAAUCCGGCGGCGAAGCUGACGCUUUUGUACUCGCACGGCAACGCCGCUGAUCUAGGGCAGAUGUAUGAUCUGUUCAGUGAACUCAGCAAUCACCUCCAAGUGAACUUGAUGGGGUAUGACUAUUCGGGGUAUGGACAAUCCACUGGCAAGCCAAGUGAGCAGAACACUUAUGCCGACAUAGAAGCUGCUUAUGAAUGCCUUAAAGAGACUUAUGGAGUGAAAGAAGAAGAAGUGAUAUUGUACGGACAGUCUGUUGGGAGUGGGCCCACUUUGGAUUUGGGUUCCCGUUUGUCUAGAUUAAGGGCUGUGGUUCUUCACAGCCCAAUCCUGUCUGGACUUAGAGUUAUGUAUCCUGUUAAGCGCACAUAUUGGUUUGAUAUUUAUAAGAAUAUUGACAAAAUCCCAUUGGUCCAAUGCCCGGUCUUGGUUAUUCAUGGUACUGAAGAUGAUGUAGUAGAUUGCUCCCAUGGUAAGCAGCUCUGGGAGCUUUGUAAAGAGAAGUAUGAGCCAUUAUGGGUUAAAGGUGGCAAUCAUUGUGACCUGGAGCUUUACCCAGAAUACAUUAAGCAUUUAAAGAAGUUCAUAUUAGCUAUUGGAAAAUCAGGACAUCUGAGAAAUGGAUCUGUACCAUCUAUGGAUCAGAGGGACAAUGCUCAAAACAGCACAGAUUGCCGACCUAGACAAAGCACGGAUCAGAGAGAAAAGUCAAGAUCAAGUACGGAUCAGAGAGAAAAGCCUAGAGUAAGCACAGAAAGAAGAGAGAAAUCCAGGGUCAGCACCGACAAGAGAGAAAGAUCACGAAGAAGUGUAGAUUAUGCUGAGAAGACAAAUAAUAUUGUAGAACAGCCAGAGAGAGCAAGGAACAGCAUAGAUCGCUUUGGAGAUAUGAUGAGAUCAGCUGUUUUGUGCAAUAUUGACUGUUUCAAGCCUGUGGGAACUAAGGUCUGAGGAUGGAGUGGAGGGAAAGCAUUUUAUUUAUAUGUUUCAUACAACACGAUUAUAUACUUCGUCCUCCCCUUAUCCAUUUGGAGGAUAGGAGGCCUGCGGGAACUUUGAGCCAGCAUUGGUACUAUCAGCAGUUCGCCCUCAUGAGCAGAAUUUAUCAAGUUUCUUGUUCUGCUUGUUCAGAAGUAUUCAAAAUUAUUGUUGACAUGUUCAAUAAUGUGUUGAUGCUGACAUUAAGUUUGCUGUGAUAUGAACAUCAGAACAUGGUGAAAAUCGGUUAACUUUGUAGAGGGAUACCAAUGGUCUUGGUUGUGACUGGUGAAUGAGAACUUUUGUGAUUUUUCCUUCCUGUGAUUCCAUUUUCAGAUUGGCACCGACUCUUCAUUAAAGUUUCUGACCGCAGGGUCUGGUGCUGGUUUCUUAUGGCUUUUCAGGGAUAAUGUAACCAAGAAGAAAGUUGCUACUGUGCAGAAAAUAAGUUUCUAUUAUUGGUUCA